GCAAGCAAUCAAGCAAAUUGAAUGUUUAACAUAACUAUGGUUUAUCAAGUAUCUCUCCUCUCUCUUGCUAUAAUCAGCCUGCCCGGGUGCCCCGACCGGUGUGGAAAUUUAUCGAUACCAUUCCCGUUCGGAGUCGGGUCGGGUUGCUCUUUAGAUCCAUCAUUCAACAUAAGUUGCGAUAAUCUUGCCAAUCCUCCAAAAGCGCACCUCAUUAGUGUUAAGAAUACAGAGCUCAUUGAAAUUAAGGAAUUUCAAGUUCGGAUUAAUUUAGCAUACCUGGUUUGGUCUUGCUACACCCAAACUGGAAUAGAUGGGCUGGAUGGGGGGUUUAUAGUCAAUUACGAUAUUAGUGGAGGAGGUCAAUACACCUUCUCUGACGGGAACCGGGUCAUCGCUAUCGGCUGCGACGACUCUGUGGCGUUCAACGGAAAAGCCAGCGGCCGGAAUUUCGCCGGUGGGUGCACAACUGUUUGUGACAGCAACAAUGGUUCAGCUGCGAUUUGCCCUGAUGGUAGUGAUGCCAAUGAGAUCGGUAGCGGCUGUUGCCAGACGCCCAUUCCUAAAGGUAAAUCGCCUCUCUUAGGCCAUCCACAACGCUGUUCCUAUACCGUUCCUAUACCGUUCCUUAAACCACUA